CCGCGACACGGGCGCCACGCCGCUGUACCUCGCGACGCAGCAGGGCCACUGCGAGGUCGUGGAUGCUCUGGUCAGCGUGAAGGCCAAUUUGAACUUGGCCCGAACCGACGUGGGCGCGUCCCCUCUGUGGAUUGCGGCGCAGAACGGCCAUGUUGCGACGCUGUCUUCUUUGAUAAGCGCGCGCGCGGACGUCGAGAAGGCGAAGUCCGACACCGGCACCUCGCCGCUCUACAUCGCCGCACAGGACGGGCAUGACGAGGUGGUGCGGCGGCUGAUCUGGGCCCGGUGCGACAUCCACCGCGCCCGGCCGGCCGACGGCGCCACUGCGCUGUACGUGGCGUCCCAGGAGGGCCGCUGCGGUGUGAUGGUGCAAUUGCUCGACGCCAAGUGCAACAUCGACGUACCGAGGAGAGACAACGGCUCGACUCCGCUCUACAUCGCCGCCCAGGAGGGCAACCUUGCCGCCGCGCAGCUGCUGAUCAGCAGGGGCUGCCUCGUCGACAAGGCCCGCACGGACACGGGAGCCACGCCGACCUACAUCGCGGCCCAGGGCGGGCGCGCGGAGGUGAUCAGGGAGCUCGUCAGAGCUGGCGCCGACGUACACAGGCCCAAGACGGAGGGCAAGACGACGCCCCUGCUCGUGGCCGCGAGGCAGGGUCACACGAGGGCCGUACAGGAGCUUCUGGACGCCAGGGCGGACCCAGAGGCCCGGAGCGUCGAGGGCCACACCGCGCUGACGGCGGGGGCGUCCCGGGCGCAGGUAGGAGUGGUGCAGCUCCUGGUCAACAUACGGGCCGACACGUCGGUCUGCGUCGCCGGCAAGACCGCGUUGGACUUAGUCACCGAGCUGCGCCGCGGCACGCACUCCGCGGAGAUGGGCGCACGGGCUGCGGCCGCCUUCAACGCCCUCGCCGGCGUAGGCGCCGUGAGAGCGGACGAGCAGGCACUCUCCCGGGCGCCCGGGGCGACCGGGGCGACCAUACAGCCGUCCGUGCCGUUGCCUUUCGACGAGCCUUUCAGGCAAGAACCGCAGAGCGAGUCCAGCUCCGAGGACGACGGCAGCGAAGACCCAGACGACCACUGGGUGAUGCCAAGCGCAAGAAGCGAGUCGGGAUUCCGGCCACAGAAACUGGGCAGGCCGCUCUUCAAGGAUUGA